GGCAUAUAACAGCUGUUUUUCUCUUUUUUCUGUUUUUCUCUGCAUGCAUCAACAGAUACGUCUCACAAAGCAUUGAGUGAAUCACGCUUUGAGGUCAUAGCUUGCAAGCUUCAAUUCAAAACACAACUUUAUUUUUCUUCCUCGACAACAUGCACCACGUGACCGCUACUGAUGUAGAUUUCCCCUUCAAAUGUAUUUGAAACUUUCAAAACAAAAUGACAACAUAUCGAAUGAUUCUUAGAAUCCAUCUAUAUAAAAAGUGAAAAACAAUUUUCCAUUUUUUUUAUCUAAUCCAGAAAAAUUUCCUAAAUACGCCAACUUGUCACAACAUUAUCGACAACAAAUCAUUGAGUAAAUAUAGUAUCAUUUGAUCAUCAUCAAACAAAUAAAAAUGGGUAAUCAUCUUUUAUGCUUACCACUAUUAAUGGCAAUCAAUUUUUUUGACGUAACCAACGUAUUUUCAUAUCUAUGAGCCAGACAAAUGUCUAGCUGAGUUUAAAAUUUUUUUUUUCUAUAUACGCCUUUUAUUGUGCUCAUCAUAAAUGUCCUGAUUUUCAUUUGUAAAUCAUUGAUUAUCAAUAAUAAGAAAAAAUCUCUCAUCGUCAUCAUUACAUUCAUAAAAUCAAAUUCAUAUUUGUUAUUACAAUUGAUAUUGGCUCAAAUCCUGUAUUGCAAAAGUUUCUUCUAAAAAUUUUUUUUAAAAUUUCAAUCCAUAAACCUCUAAUUUGAAUUCAACAAUAAUAAAAAAAUAGAACAAAGCAGAAACGUCAAUCAAACAAAAAUGGAAAAAGCACCCGCUGAAUUAUUCCAUAAUCGACAACUAUUGAAACAAUUGUUGAUGCAAAAAAAAUUAAAGGAUCGAUUAUCAUCAACAGUGUCGAAAGAUACAUCCGGGCCUCGUGUGCCACGUUGGUAUUUUGGUGGUAUAGCAUCGGCCGGUGCUGCUUGUAUUACACAUCCAUUGGAUACGAUGAAAGUUUAUUAUCAAACAUCGGGAUUACUUGCCGGACGACAGACAUUAGUGGCAGCCACUAUUCAAGUAAUCAAAAAGAAUGGAUUUCUUGCACUUUAUAAUGGUUUAACAGCUUCGAUUCUACGUCAAUUAACAUAUUCAACUGUUCGUUUCGGUAUCUAUGAAGCUACAAAACAGAAACUUAUUACACAUGAACAGCAAAUAUUACCAUUAUAUGAACGUAUGAUUAUAGCUGCUUUUUCUGGUGCGAUCGGUGGCUUAGUUGGUACACCACCUGAUGUUGUUAAUGUUCGUAUGCAAAAUGAUAUCAAACUUGAAGAACGUUUCAAACGAAACUAUCGAAAUGCCAUACAAGGCCUGAAAGAAAUCUAUCGUAAAGAAGGACCGUCUGCUUUAUUUCGUGGUUCAUCAAUGGUAAUGGCUCGAUCAAUUCUAGUAUCCAUUGGUCAAUUAGCAAUGUAUGAUCAAUUUAAAUAUUGGCUUGUAUCAAAAGCAUCGAUGGCCGGUGAUAAGAUUCAAACACAUGUUAUCAGUAGUACGUUUGCCAGUAUAACUUGUACGAUAUUGACACAACCAUUGGAUGUACUUAAAACACGUAUAAUGAAUCAAAGUGAAACAUGUACAGGACAAAUGAUCAAAAAACAGGUUAUCGAUCUAUAUCGUAAUUCAGGUGUACGUGGUUUUUAUAAAGGUUUCGUACCGGCAUUAAUACGUGUUGGUCCACAUACUGUACUUGUAUUUGUUAUCUAUGAACAGCUUCGUAUUCAAUUUGGUAUGAAUCUUCGUUGAUUUGUUUUUUUUUGUAAGAAAAAAAUUUAUCCACAUUUUGCAAACUUGAUUGUGAUAUAUCGACGAUUAUUUUUAUUAAUUACUUAAUGAUAAUGAUGAUCAACAAAAAAAAUUGCCUGUCUGUUGUCAUUCAUUUCU